AUGUCUCUGCAGCACCCACAUGAGGCUGUCAAUGCCGCAACCAACACGGCAUUGUUACAUGGCUCUACAAAUCGCCAUCAACAUGAAGAAUCAUUGGAUAUACCAUCGCCUUCAAAACCGUAUGAACAUGUUCUACAACUCCAUCAUGUACCUCAUUCCGAUGAAGAUAUUUCCUCACACCCACCCAGCAAUAAUUUGAACAAUUCCGAUGAAAGCCUUUCACCACCCUCUCAUACUUUGAAUGAACUUUUAGAAACUGCAGAACAUGCAGUGAAAGACAAGAUUGAAGUCGUGCUACCUGAUGAGAAGAGGUAA